UAUAAAGGCAAACUUGAACUUCCUUCAAGGUUCUGUCCGUGUCUCUUUCGCUAGUACUUUGCUCGUAAUUUCCAUCUUCUGCCAAAGGAUCCAACUUGAACGGAUUAUAUCCCAUUUCCUCUGAUAUUGCCAUUUAUUUCAACUAAUCGAUAGCAUUUCGCCACACUUCCUUAUGCCCAAGGUUGCAACGAGCUCACAAGGCAGACCAGCUCUUCGUAGAAACCAGGCAUGUCGCUCCUGUCGUAAAAGGAAACUCAAAUGUGAUGCCGCACGUCCUCACUGUGGUACUUGCGUUAAACAAUGGCAGGCCCUAAUAUCUGUGCCAGCCCCAGUUGGCUAUGCACAUCCUACCGAACCCCAAUGUUCCUAUGAUCCGGUCGAAGGUCUAACCUUAGCUCCGGAGACCGACCCGUUAGAGAAGAUUAGACAGUUGGAGGAACAGAUCAGUUCCUUGAAGAGCAAGCUAUACGAAAAGGACGCCAACGCCCGAUCCACUUCUCCGACUCAACCUAGCACCACAGCUUCUGUUCCCUCACAAAGCCCUUCUCCAAAAGGAAUAUCACUACCUCAUGCCGCUUUAUCAAUAGCGGACCCAUCAUAUCGCGCUGAAAGCUCAAGCCCUGACAUUGGUGCAAAUGGUGACCCCUUCAUGGAACUAUUGUUUAUUGGAUGGAACCCCGACCUGCCUGAUCCCGCAACGCUCAAUCAUUAUAUAGAUGUAUUCUUCAGAUGCGAUCCAUGUGGUUCUAGAGUUCUCCACCGACCUUCUUUCCUUGCCUCAAUGCAUUUGUCACCCAAAGAUCCGGGCUUCCCUCAUUCAGCCAUCCUUCACGCUAUUUGUGCCUCCGCAUCACGGUGGUCACCACAUAAUAUUGUCAUUCUACCUGAUGGUACCCGCCGCGACACUUUCGGAGACUGGCAUGCCUCAAAGACGCGCCACUAUAUCGAUAAGUGUAUGAGCACCGGUGAAGAUAUAUUUUCCGUCAUGCAAGCAUGUAUAUUGCUUUCCUGGUACUUUUAUCAAGAGGGUCGCUGGGUUGAAGUCUGGAUUUUUGCCGCCUUUCAAACGCGGGUUAGUGUGCCUCUCCGUCUCAAUUAUCCCGGGACAUUUUCUACUCAUGGUAAUACAUCUCCUGGGGCAUAUCUUGCCCCGCCGAAAGAUCUUCGCGAUCUCGAGUCACGACGCCGCACCUGGUGGAUGACCAUUCUUUUCGAUCGAAUAGCAUCCGUUGGAGGCUGGAUCCACUCUGUUGACGAACGCGAUAUAGGAACCGAACUCCCUUUGCGCAAUGAAGACUUUGCAUCCGAGAAUCCAAUGCCAAGCAAUCCUCAAGAUAUCGCGACGCCUGACGUUUUUGUCCGCCACCCUCCUCAAUAUACCGAUUCUUUCGUCCUCCUUGUCAAAGCAGUCAUGCUUUUCGGUAGAGUCACUGACUUUAAUGUCCGCGGCAGCCUUCGCGCGCCAACCGCGCCGAGUAAGAAUCAAAACCCUUUCUAUCUUGAAGGUUUCGAGGCCCUCGAUAACCUCGUUUCGCGUGAAUUUUUGGAUAGCCUGCCGCACAUUUUCAAAAAUAACAAUGGUGUCACGGAUGUGCCCGAUGGCAGUAACCUUGAUACCGACCUUUACAUGGUGCACAUCAUUCCCCAUGCUGCCGUGAUCACACUACACAAUCCAUACGUGAACUUUAAUGACCCAGAUAAUGUUUCUACUGCUCGUUGCAUUCAUUCCGCAAGAUGUAUAUUGGCGGCAUAUUACAUGUUAACGGCCACAUCAUUGGAUAUCACGAGGUUACAUCCUUUUGUCACUAUCUGCUGGUAUCUAGCCGCUGUCGUACAAGUCCAGCUAUGCAAAUAUUUCAUUGAGGUCGGAGAUAGUGACAGAGAAUCCACUGUAUGGGGCGAGAUCAACGUCUUGAGGUUUGCUAUGUUAGCUUAUGGCGAAAAAUCGCCAAUUGGAACUCGACAGGAACGACUUCUCCAAGGACUUAUGCGAGAAAUCGUCAGGAUGACGGCCCACAAACAACCACUAGAGGUGGGUGCACCGUUGUAUCCAUUUUCGUCGUCGUCAUUGUGGAGGAAGGGAAAUUCCAACGUCCCGGAAGAUGGCACCGCUGGACUUCCUAUGCCUGCCAAUACGAUUUUCGAUGAAGACGGUCACUCAAGGUCAACUCCUCCUGAAUUUCACUCUGCACCUGGAUGGUUUUCCGCAAGUGCGAUAGGCACAAGCCACCACAGUCAUGAUUCAUCUUACUGAAUAAUGUUCCCCGCAAUUUUAUUCUGUAUUAUAUCCAAAAGCUUUCGAAAUUUCUUUCCGCCGACAUACCUUAUUUUCCUUGCUGCCUUCGUACUUUUUUUGGUACCUUUUGUGUACUUACAGACAGUUCCGUUCCAUGGUUUACGGGCAUCAAUGUAAUGUUUCCGCCUAUUGUUGACAAUAUAAAUCACUU